AUGUCGCUCCCACCGAAACCUCCGAGCAUCCCGCGAGACGUGUUCGAACGCAUUCAAAAGUUUCACAACGCCGGCGGCGCGCAGACGACAAAGCCGCUCAAAAAUGGAUCUGCGAGUCAUACUAAGAUAUCUUUAAACGUGGCCGGAGGAUGCGCUUCGGCGAUUCAGUGGUUGCUCGCCGUCCCGAACGCCUCGAGGACGAUCUUAUGCGCGAACGUUUUGUACAGUCGAGAGUCGGUGGUACACGCGCUCGAUGAGAAAAACGAGGAGAAGAAGAAGAACGCGAAGAUGAGAGAAUCGUUUUGCGAUCGAGAGACGAGCAAAGACCUGGCGAGAGCGGCGUACCGGAAAGCCAUAGAAACGCAUUACACCAAGAAGAGUUACAAGUUUGGAAGGAAGGAAGAGGAGAGCGGAAACGCGAAGUGGACGACGACGGCGAGGCACAUUCUCGGAGUCGGCGCGACGUCUGCGUUCGUCUCGAUGUCACCGAAAAGAGGCGAACACAGGUGCUUCGUGAGCGUCUAUUCCAAGUUUGGCGUGACGACGAGGAAGGUGACGCUGGAUAAAGAGAGCGAGCGAUCGAGAGCGGAGGAGGAUCGAGUCGCGAGCGAGUGUUUGGUGAGGGCGGCGAUCGGAGACGGAGAGAGAUGGAUGAAGAGGGAAGAAGAAGAGGAGGAAGAAGACGACGACGCGAGCUUUAGUGGCAGAGAAGAUGGGGAGGAUGAAUCUUGGAAAGCGUUUCGUGAAGGCGCGUUGACGUGUAAAGACGACAGGUUGGAGUUUUUGGAGUACGACGCGCCUUGGUUUGAAAAAGCAAACGAGAAGAUGAACACGAAGAAGUCUUUAUUAGAGAGGUGGUUAGAUGUAGGAAGAACGAUGAACAAUAGUGGUGAUGGUAGUGGUAGUAGUAGUAGCAGUAGCAGUAGCGACGAUAAGGGUGGUGCAUCGAGGAACACGCCCGAACUAAGCGUGUAUUCGAUGCACGGAGGUAAACUAGAAACAAUCGGGUGCUCCACCGCGAAUGUUGUCUUGAGUGGGUCGUUCAAUCCCGUCCACGAAGGCCAUCGAGGCAUGUUAGAAGCGGCGACGACAUAUCUUCGAGAGAAACGAAACCGCGAAAAAACAGAGGGCGGUGAAGACGAACGCGCGUUCCUCGCCACUCCCGCGUUCGAGUUAUCCAUCUCCAACGCGGAUAAAGGCCAACUCGAAACGAACGUCGUCGUCCAACGCGCGAAACAGUUCGACUCGGACGGGCAAAACAGGCUCAUUCUCACGAGAGACGCGCCUUUGUUCAGCCAAAAAGCGAAGCUCUUACCAAACACCACCUUUGUCGUCGGUUACGACACCGCCGUUCGCUUAGUCGACCCGAAAUAUUACGACGAUAACGCCGACGUCAUGGUUCGAGAGUUACGAAAAAUUAAAGACGCGCAGAACUGCGCUUUCCUCGUCUGCGGUCGAAAAGAUGAUACCUCUUCUUCUUCGAAUGCGUUUAAAACUUUGAAGGAUAUUCGCGUGCCCGACGCAGUUUCGGACGUCUUUGAAGCGCUGGAAACUUUCAGAAUGGACAUCAGCAGCACGGAAAUACGACAAAAAUUAAAACCCUAA